GUUUCUUUGCUGCAUGAAACUUAACUUUAAAUACAGUUUAUUUUAGAGGUCUGUAAUUUCCUAAUACUUUUCUAGAUAAUAACAUUUGGUACUAAUUAUAGGACUUUCUUUAAAAGAACUUCUUCAUAUAAACCCAAGUAAGUAUUAAUUCAUUUAUCAGUUAUUAUUUGUAACUUUAUUCUUCCCACAUGUUGAAUUGUGUUCACAUUUUUGCAUGUUUAGCUGACCGGCUGUAAUCUGACUAAAAGACUCUAAGUUUCACUAGUAAUCAACUAAAAAUAAUAAUAACUGUAAGUGUCCUUAUUGAACAAUGUCUGUUUUUUUUCCAGAGAACUUCCUUAAGUAGAAAUUCAUUAGAAAUUAUAAGGGCCCAUAAGAUAAAGAGUUACUGACAUACUUCCCAUCAUGUCCUGUUAGACGUCAGUGUGUGUGUGUGUGUGUUGUACUGUAUUGUACAUGUGUGUGUGUGUGUGUUUGUAUUUGUCAGUGUCUUUAUCAGUGAGUACCAGCUGUUACAGUAACACACUUGGCCUCUCAGCGAAGAGAAACAGUCGUCUCCUGAAGACACGCAGCACUGAAGUGAUCGGUAACCAUGAAGGGGCUUCUGCUCCUGUGUCUGCUCCCCUUGGUCGGAGGGCAAAGGUCAUCCUCAUGCCCCAACCGUUGCCUCUGUCAUGGCAGUGAUGUGAAUUGCAGCAGCAGGUCUCUCACCUCGUCCUCGCUGUCCACUAGUUUCCCUCCUGGGACCACAUCCCUCCGUCUCCAUAACAACCGGCUGACCUCCCUCCCCAACGGCCUCCUGGAUGAUCUGACCUCCCUCCGCUCAGUCUCCUUCCACGGUAACCCCUGGAAGUGUGACUGUGGCAUCCUCUACCUGCGGGCCUAUCUGCUACAACAGCCCGUCGCCUCUACAUCACAUCUGGGUGUCAACUGCAGCUCCCCUCCCGGCCUGCGAGGGCGGCUGGUGGUGUAUCUAACGGAGAAGGAGGUGCUGGAGUCCUGCCACUACUGGUACUGUGACCUGGCUCUGGCCUCUCAGGUUUGCCUGUUUGUGUUUGUGGCGGUGCAGGCGGCUCUGCUGGUGGCGCUCAUCGUGUUCCUGAGGAGGUUCCAGAGGAUUUCCAACGAGGCGAGGAAGACCACGGAGGAGAGCUUCACCGCCGGGGAGAGUCUGAGGGAGAACGAGUACACGGCUAUCAAGGGCAACAGCACCUGAGAUGGAGCUGGGACGUGUGAUUGAUGCAAAAGAAGAAGAAGAAGAGCUGAUAUCAUUUGCACACUUUAGAUCAAUCAAUCAAUCAAUCAAUCAAUCAAUCAAAGUUGAUCACACUGCAUGUAGAUGUUCCUGUAACAACAUACUUAAUGAUAUUCAUGUCAUAACAUUUACAGUAUUUUGAUAAGAAUCCUUUAAUUAUGGCCAAUACAUGUACCGAGAAGGACAUUUUACAGUUGAAAAAUGAUCUUGCCAGUGCGGUGUGGUGGUAAACAUAUCACUUUGUUACAUACCCGCCAUACGUUCAUACCGAUAUAUCUUUGUUCACCUAAUAUCAAUAUUGCAAACUGGUUGGGCCGUAGUCUGCACAGUCAUCAUUACAAAUGCUCACAAUAAACUCUUUUUAUUGACAUGAUGAUAAUAUUGAUCACAUGAAGAAACACCAGUUUUCUACUUUCAGGCUUCACAACACAGACUCUUUCUGCCAUGUGGUUGAAAUAUCAAAUUUUAAUUUUCUAUUUUCCUAUGGCUCAUGUGGUGGAAAAACUAAUAAAUAAAAAAUGUUUUUUAGCACCUUGAGAUGUAUAUUUGUAAAUGGGAGCAAUCAAAAUAAUCUUAACUGAAGACUGAGUGAGAAAUGGUUAUAUCUGAAGUACUUCGUUGAUUGCUGAUUGGAUGUUUUUAUGAGUGUGUGAUAUCUGUUUUACUGUUUAUUUCAGAUGUAGUAUUUUUUUUCUUUAUAAAGCCUAUACUAAAAUUUGUUCAUCAGAAAAAAAUCACAAAUUACUAUGAUUGUUUUUAUAUUAGUACCACAUACAAGUUGAGGUAUUUAUUUUUUGGAACUUCAUUCUGAUGUUACAGGUGUAAUAAAAAGAUAUUGACACUG